AACGGCACGGAGAAGGUGAGGUUCGUGGAGAGGUACAUCUACAACCGGAUGGAGCACGUGAGGUUCGACAGCGACGUGGGGCGGUUCGAGGGGUUCACCCCCUUUGGGGAGUGCAAUGCCCGGCACUGGAACAGCGACCCGGAAUGGAUGGAGAACAGACGGACUGCGGUGGAUUGGUUCUGCCGGGACUGGUACGAGCCCGACGCGCCGUUCAGCGGGGGGAUCGUCACCCCGUUCAGCGUGGAGCGCAGAGUGCCCCCCAGCGUGUCCAUCUCGCUGAUGCCCUCGAGCUCCCAGCCCGGCCCCGACCGCCUGCUCUGCUCCGUGAUGGAUUUCUACCCUGCCCAGAUCCAGGUCAGGUGGUUGCAGGGCCAGCAGGAGCUCUCGGAGCACGUGGUGGCCACCGACGUGGUGGCCAACGGCGACUGGACCUACCAGCUGCUGGUGCUGCUGGAAACGCCGCCCCGGCGCGGGCUCAGCUACACGUGCCAGGUGGAGCACGUCAGCCUGGAGCAGCCGCUGAGACAGCGCUGGGGUACGGGGGAGGCACUGGGGGGC